UUUCAGUUUAACGCGUGAAGCACUCUUGGUUGGCCAACAAUAAAGUCUAGCAUGCACUUCCGCGUUGAUAAAGUCUGUCCGGUCUCAGCAGCAACAACAGCCGCUAAAAGCUUACGGUUUCAGAGUUGUCGUUUGUCUUUAUGUUAGUAAGAUGAGUCCGCUGUGUGAGUGCUGCUCCGACCACAUGAAUAAACUGAACCAGCAGGUUUCUGUGAUGCGAAAAGAAAUCAAGAACCUGAGGCAGACGCUAGACAGUGCAAUUAGAGCUCAUCGCAAACAGCUGCUGGCUGUUCAGGCUGCUGUGUCGAAGAUUGGACUCACCGAAGAAGUUAAAGCUCCAGCACCUUCACCACCGUCACCGUCACCGGCAGCACUAGAGCGAGGGAACAUCCAAACAGUCCCAAUCGGUUACAUUAGUUCCUGUUUUUCUGUGAAGAAUGGGACUCCCCGGCAGCCCACUAUUUGUGGCCCUUCAAGGGCAGAACUUCAAAUCCAGCCGAGUGUCUUCAACAACCCGGAGCACGCUCUGGUGGGCCUGGAGCAAUACUCCCAUGUCUGGAUCAUUUUUCUCUUCCAUAAAAACGGGCACCUGAGGUACAAAGCUAAAGUGAGGCCGCCCAGGCUGAACGGGCAGAGAGUCGGUGUGUACUCGACACGCAGUCCUCAUCGCCCGAAUGCAUUGGGCCUAACGCUGGCAAAGCUCGACAAAAUACAAGGUGAUACUCUACACCUGUCAGACAUUGAUAUGAUUGCGGGCACCCCAGUCCUGGACAUCAAACCCUAUAUCCCAGAGUAUGACUCCCCCGACACCCGGAGGAGCUAUGAGGAGGACUCAGAGCCCUGUAAUUCAAACACUGACCAAAUGAAUGAGGACAAGAGAAACCUCACUAACCUCCCUGAAGGAUCAGACAUAGAUGUGCAGUUAAACACAGAAGAUCGAGGAGCAGCUAAUGAUUAUGUGGAGAAUCUCCUCCCAGAAGAAAAAACGAAUACUAACGCAACAGGUUCAUCUCAUAUCAGUGCUCAGUUUUCUCUGUCCAAAGACCUCAGUAAUGUGCUGGAGGAGGUCAAGGCUUUUGUGAACCAAGACGUUUUCUUAAGUUCUGAGAGUAAGAACCGAGGUUCAGACUCUCCUAAAACUAAACCACCUUUGUUGGAAGUCGACCAUCCCUGCUACGGAGAGGAAGCCUACACUACCAUCGCAGGCUGGAUCAGAGAGCCUCCUGUCGCAAGUCUGGAUGUGCGAUUCAGCCUUCACGCUGAGAGGGAGCUGGCAGAAUUCAUCCCUGCACAUCUGUCAGGACUGUCUGAAAGCCACAGACCCAGGUUUAAGUUUCUGCGCAGUACAGAGGAGGCAGUCGCUGCCAUCAGAGGGGUCCUGUCAGCAGACCCCCGAUCCGUCUACAGGAGGACUCGCUGCAAGGACAAACUCUUUUUCUUCACCCUUGACACGGCUGACAUCACCUGCUGGUUCGGACAAGGCUUUGCAGAGGUGCUGCAGGUAAAACCUGUAGAGCCGCACAUUGCUUCAGUAUGAGAAACUUUUUCAUUGAUGGUUUUUGAGCUGAAGAGAGGAGUCUUUGUGACACAAAAACACACUGUUGUUUGUUCCUUUCUUUUUGGUAUUUCUGUCUAAAUUCUCCGCUGGCAAACUUUUAUUCAAAUCAUACUGGCUUACUUAAAAUCAGACAGAAGAUUAAUGAGGUAUUGUAUAUUCAAAGUUGUAUUGGAUAAUUAAAUAAAAU